AUGCUAAAAAAAUUGAAAUAGCAAACUAAGGAUGCUUAUAAUAAACAUUUUGGGUAGGAUAAAUACAAAGAAAUGAAAGAUGAAGAGUCCAAUAACAAUUAAGAUUUUUCCAAGUCACCACUAAGUCUUCCAAAUUAAUUCAAGUCAGAUGAAUAAAUUGAUAAGAGUGAUUAAUCUAAUUGUAUCUAAAUACUAUUUAAAUAGAAAAUCAAAAUUUUGAAAAAAAUGUGUCUGAUGCUCCUUAAUUAGAUUUUAGCAAGGCCAUAAUACCAGAAGAACUAAUUUAGCAAAUGCAAGAAUAAGAAAUUCAACAGAUUGCUGAAGAGUAGGCUAAUAAAAAAUAUACUAAACAAAAAUAAAAUGAUGACCUUCCAGAUUUUCUCAAUAAAAAAAUAUGUUUAGAUGAAAAUGGUGAUAACUAUUACGAAGUGGCAGCCAAAAAGGCAAAAGAAUAAAAUAGUACAUUGUAUUAAUUGAAAACAUAUGUAGCAACACAAGCUACUACUGCAUAAAACUCAGUGAAAGUAAUUAAUUAUAACUCCAUUUUUUAGAAAUAAUUAAAAAAAUUAGACACUCAUAUAAAAAAUAAAAUACUUGAAAAAAAAUAACAUAUCAAUUUUUGGAUUGCAGGAUAGGUUGAUGCAUAAGUUGUCAGUUUGAUGAGUAGUAUUGAACCGAAAAUAACUGAAAGUGUCUAGAAAUCUGUCCCUUAUGAUUUUAUGUAAGGUUUUGUGUAAGAUACUGCAACUAAUUUAUGGAAGGAUUUCACUGAUUUAAUCAGAUUGGAACUCAGGGCCAAAUUGGAGAAAAAAUAAGUAGAAAUUAGAAAGAAGGAGACAAAAGGAGUGAUUUAACAUAUCAGAAAUUUUAUACUCUAUUCUCUUUACCCUGCAGAUCUCACUAAUCGUGAUCACAUGAGAAGAGUUUCAUAUCAAUUUAUGAAAGUUUGUUAAUUGCUUCCAUAUAUGGGAAUCCAACCACUGAUGUUUUGUAUAAUUCUGCUUUGUAUUAAUAAAGUAUGAAUACAUUAUAAUCCUAGGAUGAAGAAUUCUAAUUAGUCAAUUAUAUAGCUGAUUAUAAAUCUAUGCAAUUUAUUACUAAUGGAUUAUUUCCAUGCUUUCUGGCUUAUUUUCAUUAUUUAUUUUUUGAUUGUGGUCCUGGAAAUCAUCAUUAAGUGUAUAUCCUUAUCUUUACUUUAACCAUUUAAGUAUUAACUGUAUGGAUAGCUUAUCUCUUAUUAAGCAGAUCCUAUUCUAGAGGAGCAUUUUUAAAAGAAGAAUUAACAAUUACUUAAGAUACAAAAGGAGGCAGACUAAAAUACUUUCUAGUUUAUGAUCUAAUUUGUUUGAUUAUUUCGAUAAUAAUGUCAGGUAAUGAUUCAGUAUUAAAUUAGUAUUCUUAUAUCUUUUUAAAAUAAAAGAUAGUACUACCUAGUCAUUUGGAGAUUUGUUAUUUUUUACAAGAACUGUUUAUGCCUUACUUAGCAUUCCAUUUGUUUGUUUUAUAUUCCCCUUUUUUGUUAAAAUGCUAACAAAUGCUAUUCCAACCGGAUAUGACAAAUAUGGAAAUUGUAUUCCAUCACUAAGCACAAUAUAAAUGUCAUAUAAGGAUAAUAAAUUGCGAAGAUAAACAAUGAUAGAUAUUGAAGAAAUUCUAGAGAGGGAUUUGCUGGAUAAAAAUCAGAGCGAAGAUAAAAAAUAAGAAGAAUAAGAGAAUGAAGAAAAUAAAAAUGGUAAAAGGAAAAAGUAGAAAAAGGAGAUGUAAAAAACAAUUGGAUGA